CUUCUCUUAGUUCAUUUUCUCUUGGUCAUGGUCACGGCACGGUAACAAAAAAAUUGAUUCCAAUAAAACCAUCUGAAUUAAUCAGACAUGUUGAUCCAGCUCGCUCUCUUGAUCAGGCCCCAGCCCCUUUCUAUCUUCCCGGUCAUUUUCAUCUUCAUUAUGACGUCAUAUAAUGAGUGAAUUAUUUUGCGCGGGUUGAUAAUUGUUACGUCAUCACUGCUUGAAAAUUUAGGGUAAACAAAACGAUGUAGUUAAAAAGAAAAGAUCAUUUAUAUACAGAUAUCAAUUGUUCUUCAAGAUAAAAUGGAAUCUCUAAAGCAGAAAAUGAUAGAACUGCGAGAUAGUUUAGAGACCUCGAACACACGUGCCGAACAAGCGAGAUAUAACCUUACUUUAACCCAAGAUAGAAUGGAAAAUGCAGAAGAAAGAGCACAGUCGUUGAACCGGCGGCUCGAAAUGACACAACUGCAGCUAGACAGGAUCAUGUUGAACUUGGAAGAAGCAUCCCAAAAGGUGGAAAACACCAGUGCUAUUUGUGCGAGAACACACGAUGAAAUACAGCAGUUAGUGGUAAAAGAUGAAGAAACGAUGCAGAAGGAAAAUGAGCUAAAAGUCAAGUUGAAAGAGGCAAAUAAUUUCGAAACAGAGGCACAAUUAGAAUGCGAAGCAGCCAAAAGAAAACUCAAAGUCAACGAAAUAAAGAAACUACAGGCUGACCAACGAAUCGAAAAACUUGAAGACAAGGAGAGAAAAAUCAAUGAAAAUCUAAUAAGUUUGAAUGCGCAACUAGAAAAAGCCAGUUUACGAGCCACGAGAAUCAACAAGACGAAUGAACUGGAAAAUAGGAUCUUGUCUUUGAAGAAAAAGUGUAUGGAAGCCGACCUUCGACGCGAGGAAGCAGAGAGGAACGUGCAACGUCUUUUACACGAGCUUUCUGCUUUGGAAAACGAGUCUGAAAUGAUCGAGGCUUCAAAGAAGGAGGCUGAGGAUGAACUGAGAAUGGUUAUGGAUCACUUGAAUACAGAAUGAAAAAUAAUACAAUUUGAUGCAUUCAUUAUAUAUUGAUUGGAAUACGUUUGUAUAAAGGGCUUUACCUUGUUACAUUGUAUUUAAGACUGGAUCAAAGGAUUAAAGAUGUUGUAUGGAAAACUUCAAACUUUUAUAUUUUAUUGAACCCUGAAACCACU